GGUAGAUCCUCUAACAUGGACUCAGGUCUGCAGCCCGGAGGAGAGUCGUCUGGAGCAGCAGGAGUCAGAGCGGCGUGACUGAAGACCAAAGGUGGAAAAGAUCUGAGCUGACGACUAGCUCUGAAUGGCUGGAGAAGAAGAAACGGAAAGUCAUCGUGACCACCAUGUGGACCUUCCUGCUCCAGAUAAUGUUGGUCAGCGCAUCCGUCCAUCAGGUGGCCCAUGCAGGAGGAGGACGACACUCACUGUGGGCUCUGGGAACCUUCCUCUCAGGAGCGUCGCAGUUCCCAGAGUUCAGCUUGGUGGUGAUGCUGGAUGACCUCCAGGUGGCGUACUAUGACUCCACAUUCGACCAUCUGGUCACCAGCAGCAGGGACAGGACUCCACUGGACCUGGGUCAGGUCCCCAUGUGGGGCAUUCAUGAGCUGUACUCAGACUUAAAGAACAGAAUGACGUUCUCCAAGCAACACUUCAACCUGACUAAAGGUCUACAUGUCCAGCAGAGAAUCACAGGCUGUGAGAUUCAGGAUGGACAACCAAUAGUCAUGAUGACCCGUGACGGUUUUGAUGGUCAUGAUGCCGACACCCGUGUGUUCAACACAACCCACUUCUCCUACAGUGCAUCCACAGCUGGAGAUGCCUGGGAGAGCCGCUGGGAUGUAGUAAAACUUAAUUUCGUGGAAAUUCAUUACCAUCACAUCUACUUCCCGACAUGUGUGAGGAUCCUGAAGCAGCUGCUGGAGCAGAAGAAGAACCUGGUGACCCGUCGAGUCCAACCAAGACUACGCGUCUUCUCCAGGCCGAGGAAGGGCGGAGCUCUGCUCACCUGUCUGGCCACAGACUUCUACCCUCGCCACAUCAACCUGACCCUGCUCCGGGACGGUGGGCAGGUGGAGGAGGAUCAGCUGAGCGCUGGGCCGGUGCUGCCCAACGGCAACGGCCUGUACCAGGUGAGGAAGACGCUGGUUCUGACGGAGCAAGAGCUGCAGCGCAAACACAACUACACCUGCACCGCUGCUCACCUGAGCCUGGACAACCGGCUGCAGGUGAGCUGGAGGGCAGAGUCCUUCCACUCCCACCGGGCACUCUUGGUCUCGCUGCUCGUCCUGGUGGCCCUGGGUCUGCUGCUGCUCCUGCUUCUGGUCCUGGUCAUCCGUGGCAAACCUCAGGAGUCAGGAGCUCACACAGACUCAGUGGGGGCAGAGAGCGUUGCCAUGGUGACCUCAGAAGCUGAGCGACCACCAGGGGGCGGACAGUCAGACAGUCAGACCUGAAGGUGAGGGAGUCGCGGUGGACUUUACGAGGGUCAUAUAUAUAUGUAUAUAUAUAUAUAUAUACAUUAGUGGUGGGACUUUAACGAGUUAAUCGAUUAAUGAAUUAAUCGCGUCACUAAAAGAGCGUUAGUUUCAAUAAGGUGAUAUAAAAACUUGAAUAUAGCCACCAUUGUGAUUUACUGUGCUAUUGUCACACUGAUGCAAAAUAAACAAUAUUGUUGUUGGUUAAAUGUAUGUAUGUGUCCAUAUCUUUUUUUUUUUCUUGUAAACAGUUGUAUGUAGUAAUGUGGAACAAUAAAGAGCGUUUCAAAAGGCGAGCACUCCUCAUCUUUAUCGUCACCUUCGGGUCAUCCGCUGCGCAAAUCCACUAGAUGGCGCCACGGGGAGUCCAGAAUCAUCAGAGAGGCCGCUCAGCUGCUCACUGGGGCCACCGGGGUCGAGCAGCAGGUUCGGCUGUGUUUACACG